AUGCUAUCCCUGGCAUACGCGCUUUUCUUCUGUGCUCUUGGGCCGUUGGGCUCUCUCGCCGCGGCCAGCAGUCAUCACCAUGCCCACAACAAGUUGCACCACCGACAGGAACACAACCUGCACGGCGCCCGCGACACAGCCAUAGACGAUGCCUAUGCACUGGUUAAUGCGUCACUACCUGCAAUCGCAGCAGCCAACAAGCUGAAGCUGCAGCAGCCACGUUUCAACACGUAUCAGUUUCCACCAGCUGGCAACGCGUCAUCCUACGGCAGGAGCAACACAACUGUCCCGGUCAUUGGCCGGCGAGGCCAUUUGAUGGCCAAUGGCAGCAGCACCAGUACUGGCAGUGUGCCGCCGUUCGCCGCAAACAGCAACACGACAUCGCGCGACUACAUUGUCUCGCCUGAGCUAGCAAAGGCUGCACGCGUGGUGGCCGAAGGCACAACCAACAAGCCUGCCGGGGCAGACUACACGGACCGUGCGGCCCGGCUCAAAGCCGAGCACUGA